AUGGCGACACGAUCCCGCGCAAGUCGCAUUCUGCGACCAUUGUUCUACACCGUCGGUGCUGGUGCUUUGGGAAGCGCAGCUCUCUACACUGCAUACCGCCCGCGCGACAUCCCUGGCACCGAAGCCGCUGCUGUCCCUCCCCCAACCUACGGCGAAGGUGGCAUCUUUAGACCCCCCAAGUUCCCCAAAGUCAAGAGUCGGGAGGAACAGAUCGAAACAUUGAAGCGAAGCGCGGGCAAUCGUUUGGGUGGUGCAAAUGAUAAAGUCAAGGUAGCUGGCAAACCGGACAGCAGCGGCGAUGAUGAUGAUGCGUAUGAUCUGCUCGUUAUUGGCGGCGGAGCGACGGGGACCGGUAUCGCUCUAGAUGCUGUGACCCGUGGUCUGAAAGUCGCCAUGGUCGAGAGGGAUGAUUUCAGCAGUGGAACGAGCAGCAAGAGCACCAAACUGGUUCAUGGUGGUGUGCGAUACCUUGAAAAAGCCGUUUGGAAUCUGGAUUACAAUCAGUACAAAUUGGUCGUCGAGGCUCUUCGUGAGCGCCGAUACUUUCUGGAUACUGCGCCCCACCUCUCCUCGUGGUUGCCCAUCAUGAUCCCAAUCGACACAUGGUGGAAAGCCCCGUAUUUUUGGGCUGGUACAAAAUUCUACGAUUUCCUGGCGGGUGCCGAGAACAUUGAGAGCUCCUACUUCUUGACAAAGAGUAAAGCGCUCGAUGCGUUUCCCAUGCUGAAGAAGGAAGGACUUUGGGGCGCAUUGGUCUAUUAUGAUGGUGCACAUAACGACGCCCGCAUGAACGUUUCCCUCGCCAUGACCGCAGCCUUGUAUGGCGCAACCGUGGUGUCACAUAUGGAAGUCACAGGUCUCGAAAAGGAUGCAUCAGGUCGUCUCAAUGGAGCCCGUGUGAAAGACUGUAUCCCAGAACUCAAUGGAAAGAAAGCAGAAGAGUUCACUAUCAAAGCCAAGGGCAUCAUUAACGCAACCGGGCCUUUCACCGACUCCAUUCGCAAAAUGGACGAUCCUCAAACACAAGAAAUCGUAGCUCCAAGCUCUGGUGUUCACGUCAUCUUGCCCGGCUAUUUCAGUCCGGCGGACAUGGGGUUGAUCGAUCCCAACACAUCCGAUGGUAGAGUCAUUUUCUUUUUGCCAUGGCAAGGAAACACGAUUGCAGGCACAACGGAUACAGCUACAUCGGUCACUAAAGAUCCCGUGGCAGGCGAAGAUGAGAUUGAAUGGAUCCUGAAGGAAAUUCGGCGUUACCUACAGCCAGAAAUCAACGUACGAAGAGGUGAUGUUUUGGCCGCAUGGUCGGGAAUUCGUCCCUUGGUGCGAGACCCUAAAGCUGGCAAAACAGAAGGUCUUGUGCGCAAUCAUUUAGUCACGUUGAGUGCAUCGGGUCUACUUACCUGCGCUGGUGGCAAAUGGACUACAUACCGGGAGAUGGCCGAAGCAACGGUCGACGAAGCGAUCAAGGAAUUUGCUCUCGCCCCGAAAGCUGUCAGCGAUCCUCCACGUAUCAGUGGCACAUGGGUUGAAGAUGACGCAAUGCUUGACGGGAAUUGCCAGACUCACCGUGUGAGGUUGGUUGGUGCUCACGGAUAUUCCAAGACCCUCUUCAUCAACUUGAUUCAGCAUUACGGCCUCGAGACGGAAGUAGCAAAGUACCUGUGCACUGCCUACGGUGAUCGCGCGUGGACCGUUGCUGCGCUGUCCUCGCCCACUGAGAAUCGCUUUCCGGUCCGUGGCAACCGCAUUUCCACUCUGUAUCCUUUCAUUGAUGGAGAAAUCCGAUACUGCGUGCACCACGAAUACGCACAAACCGCCGCCGACAUUCUCGCCCGCCGUAUGCGUCUCGCUUUCUUGAAUGCACAGGCAGCCCUCGAAGCCCUGCCUAAGGUCAUCGAUCUGAUGAGUGAGGAGCUGAAUUGGGACGCCAAAAGGAAGGAGAGAGAAUGGGUAGACACUGUCAAAUAUCUAGGUAGCAUGGGACUGCCCAAGAGCAAACUCAAUUUGACAAGGAAAGAUGUGGAGAACGGAAGGGUAGGUAAAUACCUUGAUGAGGAGUAUGAUCUAUAUGCUAGACACGGUAAGUAUCUUCUCGAAGCAAUGUGUGUCUUGGCUGCUAAUGGAAACCCGACAGACAAGCCAGACGAAACAUUGGAGUCAGACAGCAAAUACCCUUCCGGACAGAACCCUGUCAUGAGCCCUGAUUCGAAAGCGAACAAGUAA